ACAAAACGUAGUAAAACACUUUUAUUUACAAGAAACGGGUAUUCCCCAAACGAUAAACGCAAACCCAAACAGCAAAAUUGCGCCACCCAUAUUCUAUAUAAAUAACUGGCCAAAACUAGGGCAUUGACCAGUUUUUAAUUGUGGCUUUGUGGUAAAUUGAGCUUACAACCAUGAUGUAUGAUCUACGGCUAUGUGUGGUUGAUGUGCGAUUACAUAACAUCAGAGUACGGUCAAUGUCUGUGAAUAUGUUCGGUCAAUGUAUUUAUGUGAAUAUGUACUGUCAUUGUGUGUGAAUAUGUACGGUCAACGUCUGUGAAAAUGUACGGUCAAUGUAUGCGAAUAUGUACGGUCAUUGUCUGUGAAUACACUGAAAUACAAUGUCCCGCUUCCUUUAAAUUCAUUAACUCCUUGUUACGUUUUGAAUUGUUAUUUAACUCGCCACAGGCCUGAGGCUAUACCCGCUAACUACCUUAUCACCUCGAGGUGUACGAGUGCAGUUUUUUGAAACAGCAACAGAAGCAACAAAGAGCUAAUUCGGGUUUAUGGAAUGGUUUUAUUUCGGAGAUGGAAGAUAAAGACGUCAAGUUUGUGCAGAUUUUUAAUAUGGACUCUGUGCAUUUUUGGUAUAAGCGUUGUAUUUACCAAAGUCCCGUCGAUGGUAAAAAAUCAAACUCCCUACGGCAAGAGAGUUAGCAGCUACAGUCGUCAAAAGGUUGUAAUUUUGUUUACCACAAAAAGAUCUGGUUCUACCUUCCUUGGAGAAGUGUUUAACCAAAACCCGGAAGCUUUUUACUUAUUUGAACCACUAUUCCCGUUUACAAGAACUUGUGAUUUGCUUCGCGAAGAACGAAUAAACGCUUUGAGACAGUUUACAGAAUGUAAUUUCAAAAAUAUAAGUGAAAUCUACAAGAAUGCGUUCACCGUUCUUGAGCAUACAGACAAGUACGCGCAAUGCUUGAAAAACAACAUUUGUUUCGAGGAACGCCAUUUACCGUUACUGGCAAGGUACGAAUCGGCCUGCCAGCAGAGUAAUUACAGUAAUUGUCAGCUUCCUUUGAAGCCAACUAUUAUAAGCGCAAUAUGCUCGAAGAGUAAACUUGUAGUGUACAAGAUACUUCGUGUAUGCGAGCUACAGAAUUUAGCUCACUUAAUAAAGACGGAAGAUUUGGAUAUACGAAUCGUACAUCUCGUUCGUGACCCGCGAGCAAUUCUUUCUUCAAGAAUGAAGUUAAUUGAAGACCAAACAAACAACGAAACUUUAAAGGCAGAAGCAAAAACUCUCUGCAACCGCCUGCGGAAGAAUAUUCGCUUCUCUAAUUCCUAUUGGAAAGGUCAAAAUGGCGAGUACAUGAGAAUACGCCACGAAGAUAUAACGACAAAUCCCAUGCAAGUGGUGAGAGAAAUAUAUCGGUUCGUGGACGAACCGGUUCCGCACAGUAUACAAGAUUGGGUAAAUAAUUCGAUGUCGGCAGAAGAAAACAUAAAGGAAACAACCAUUUCCGAGUUCUCCACUGUUCGUAAACCUAGUGAUGUACUUAAUAAAUGGCGGCGAGCUCUGAACUUCCCAACUGUGCAACUAAUUCAAGCAGAAUGCUUGGAUGUGCUCCAAAAUUUAGGAUAUUUGACGGUAAAGAACGAAAAAGAACAAAACGACGAAACAUUACCUUUGUGGUGAAAUGGCCAGUUUUGUACCUGCUUAAAUUAAUCAGAAGUUGUUUUUCUAAUUUUUAUUACACUGUUGGUUUCAUUUUACACGUUUUUGACAUUUGUUUUUAUUGAACGAAUUUGGAGUAAAUUGUUUAGCACGUUGUAUGUAUAAAUAAAAUUUGAACCAUGGGAAA